GACAUUUACAGUCCAUCCUUUCAUAAUCAGUAAUUGUGUCACAGCUACUCUCAUUGCACGUAACUACAUUCUCUGGAAGUCUCAAUUCAAAAAACUUUCUCUCGGGUCAAGGGCUUUUCGGCUUCGUCACUUGAGUAAUCCCAGCACAUAAUCUUACCAUUGACUUUCCUGGAAUCAAUGGUACUACCACUGUGACACCAAACCCUGACUACACCACCUGGAUCAGAACAGACAGUGUGGUCAAGUAAUGGCUUUGUGGUUCCUUUGCAAAAGGCAUUCUCAGUGUUGUUGUCAAAUGCUCUACAUCUCAGGAGGUACGGCUCACUUUGACAAAGCACUUCAAUCGUGUGUCUUCCUCUCGUCUGUUCGAACUCCAACGUCAUCUACAAACCUUUUCCAAGUUGUAAAAACCAAUGGAUGAGUAUCUGCAAGAAGUUAAGGGUCUAUGUGAUCAGUUAGCUUCUGUUGGGAGUCCAGUCACCGAGAAAAUGAAGAUCUGUGCAAUGCUUCAUGGUCUGGGACGCGAGUACGAGCCCAUCAAAACCAGUAUCAAAGGUUCCAUGGAUCUCAAUUCGGAGAUGAUGUUUGAUGAUGUGGUUCCUAGAUUGAAAGGCUAUGAUGAUCGUCUCAAACUCUAUGUCAGCAAAAUUACAGUUUCACCUCAUCUUGCCUUCAAUGUCACCACUUCUGGUAUUGAUUCAAACUUUACUGAUUUCUCCAACUUUCGUGGCAGUGUUAAUACAAACUUCAGAUUUGGCAUUAACCGUGGAAGAGGGUUGUUCUCUACUAGAGGUCAAGAUUUCCACCAGCAAAUCUCCUCUGGAAACUCUGAUUCUCUGUCUGAUAAUCGCUCUCGUGUCAGAUUUGUGGUAAAUAUGGUCACGUUGCUCUCAACUGUUUCAAAAGAUUUGAUCUUGCUUAUCAAUGUGAUGAAGUUUCUACUGUAAUGUUGGUUUUUCGUGUUUCUGAAACCACUCCUCACUCUGGCAAUGAAUUGUUUCUGGUGCCUCUGCUUACAUCACCAACUCCACUCAGAACCUGCAAACUGCUCAUGAAUACCAUGAUUGUGAUUCUGUUCUAGUUCGAAAUGGAGAGUUUUUACCGAUCACACACAUUAAUUCAGUUCCACUUCCCACAGUGUCAGGACAAGCAAACACAGCAGAUCCCGACACAAGGAAACAAGCAUGAGGACCUCUAUGUUUUGGAGAAUCCAUCAUUUACAGCCUUUUAUUCCCCUAAGCAUCAGUGUACAAUGAUGAUGUCUGGCACAAAAGACUCGGUCGUCCAAGUUCAGAGGUUCUCCAUCAUUUAUCUCGAAGUAGUGCUAUCUCGAUCAAUAAACACACCAACAAGCUGUGUGAGUCGUGCCAGCUUGAAAAGAAUGUUAGACUUCCAUUUUCUUCGUCUGAUUUCACUGCUCUUAGAUUUAGCAAA